AUGAUCAACCUCGACGCGGCUCCCAACGGCUUCGCCCCUGCAUCUGGCAAAGAUGUAGAGGGAUUCUCCUUCCUCUCCUCCGCAAGCGUGUCUACAGCCGCGGGCUCCACGGGGGUGGCAGCCUCCCGAGGGUCUGGUGGCUACGUGACCUCUUCUCUUGACGCCUCGUCUUCCUCGGCCUCUCUUCCGCCGUUUGUUCAGCGCUGGUUCACAGGCGCCAGGCACCCUGCCGUCUGCCUCUUCCAUCUCUGCUUCAAAAUCGCCGCACUCGCAACGUACCUCGCUGGAGGCUGUCUGCUGCUCUUCCUGAGCGACGGAGAGAUUUUCAUCUUCGUGACCACGCUUGUUUUCUUGGUCUUGGACUUUUGGACUGUUAAGAAUGUUUCUGGAAGAAUUUUGGUCGGCAUGCGGUGGUGGAGCUCCGUCGACGCCGCGGGCAACAGCCAUUGGGUUUUUGAGCGAGCAGAGGACGGCCGCGAGGUGAACACCGUCGAGUGGCGAGUCUUCUGGUUCGGGAGCUACGCGUGGGCGGCGACCUGGCUCGUUCUCUCCGUCAUGAAGCUUCUCGAGCUUCAGCUGUUUUGGUUCCUUCUCUGCGCCGUCGGCUUGACUCUGGCGACGACGAAUCUGAUGGCGUAUCAGCGCUGCUCGUCUCAGUCAGGCGUCAACCCUUCGGCGUUCCGCGGUCUGCCCAGCUUGGGCGACAUGCCGCAGGCGGCGGGGUCGGCGGCGCAAGGCAUCAGGGACUGGCUGGCCGCCCAGGCAGGCGCCGCGGCUGUGCAGAACGUGCUGGGGCGCGUGGGGCUUGGGGGGCCGGGGCGGGCCGGAGGGAUGGGGCGGUAG